CAAUUUAAGUUUUUUGUUGUGACUAAGGCCAAAGACCAUUUUCCAGCGGUCAACCGUGAUGCAUAACACCAAAAGAGGUAAACGAAAUGGUACUUAAAUGGUUUUUUUUUUGUUUUUAAGAAAUGGUUUUUUUUUUAUAAAAGAAAUGGUUUUUUUUUUAAUGAAAUGAUACUUUUUUUAAUGAAAUGGUACUCUUUUUAACGAAAUGAUAUUUUUAUUUUUUUAAUCUAUUGUCAUUUAGUGAAUGUUAUGAGUUUUGCUUUAAAAAAAUUAAAAAUUUGUUAAACUAUGAAUCACGUGCAAGCGACGAGUCAGUCAACGUCGAAAAAUUGGCGUUGACCACCGGAAAAUUGGCGAUCACAAUAAAAAAAAACUCGAAUUAGGGUCUUUCUCACAACGUUUUUUUAAAAGGCCUUUUGUCAUAAUUUUUUAUAAUAUAUAAUUAAAGAUGCUGGUGGUCAGACGAGCGUAUCCGAUCACAACGGUGCUAGUAUUACGGAACGGAAGGAGCAGUAGAGAUGCUAAAUUUGACCCAACAUAAACCAAACACGAAAAUAGAGGGUAAGUGACAAGUGUUUAUGAUACAUUUAAUUUACGAUUUUUAUUGAACGGAUCAAUACGCCACAGCAGGUUUAAUAAGAAAACAUUAGGAUUCAGGAAUGACUCAAAGUGGGAAGGAAGAGUUGACAAAAAGUGGGAAGAGUUGUAGUUAAGUAAAGUAAAAAGAAAAAGUCUCUCCUCUCUUCCCUCGGACUUCUUAUAUAAAGGCCAGUUGGCUGCCUGACUGGCUCACCAGUCACCAAUCCUCUCACAAAACAAAGCACUGCCGAAACACUUGAACCUUUCAUCACUACAACAACUUCAAACAAUAAUCUUUACUUGUUAAAUCCAAUGUUUAAUCAAAUGGGUAUUUCUCAAUCAUCUUCAAUUGACCUUCUUCCUUGUUCAAAUAGAUCCAACCAUUUUCUUUCUCUUUCUCCAAAACCAACUUUGAUGAAACAGAACAAACCCACUAAGUUAUACAGAGGAGUAAGACAAAGGCAUUGGGGGAAAUGGGUGGCUGAAAUCAGAUUACCUAAGAAUCGAACUCGGCUUUGGCUUGGCACUUUUGAAACUGCUGAACAAGCUGCUUUAGCUUACGACAAGGCAGCAUAUAAGCUUCGAGGAGAGUUUGCUCGUUUAAAUUUCCCUCAUCUUAAACAUCAUGGAGCUCACGUGACCACCCAGUUCGGUAAUUAUAAGCCUCUUCAAUCUUCUGUGAAUGCCAAGCUUGAUGCUAUCUGUCAAAGUUUGGAGAUUUCCUCAGAACAGGAGAAAACAGAGCACCCCUGUUUCUCCUCUGUUUCUCUUUCUGAUUCUUAUCCAUUAAUUGAAAAUGUUCCGUCUACUGCUGAGAUUUUGGUUCCUAAAUCAGAGAUUUUACCGAUUUCAGAGGAUUCAUCAACUACUUCAUGUUUACCGGAAUCCGGGUUUACAUUCUUUGAUUUCACUGAAUCUUCUUGGGAUGAUUCUUAUAGUUUCUCCUUGGAUAAGUUUCCUUCCUUUGAGAUUGACUGGGCUUCUCUUUGAAAAUGGAUGGCAAGUUGUUAAUUAUGGCUACUUUGUGAUAUUGUCAAUACACACUGUAUAAGGAUCUUCCUUUAAUUUGGUUAAGUGGUAAAUUUUAUUCUGCUCAACCAAAGUUAAUUUAGGAUUUUAUGCCUUUCAGUUUAGUUUUUGUAAGGCUACUUUUAAUUUCAUAUUCUAAGUUUAUUUUCAUUUUAUUGGUAAAUAA